AUGGCUUCAAGUUUUGAUGGUUCUUCUCUUGACCAAUUAGCAGAGCAAAAGUUACAUUUUGCUGAAAAAUGCCUACGUGAAUUAGUUUUCUUGCAUUCAAAAAAAUCCCAAACAGGUCUUAAAGUAC